CUGUAUAAAAUGCAGGCUCAUCUGAAUCUGAACUUCUGAAGGAAAGGAAGCAAGCAAGAAACAACCCGGCGUCAGAGGAAGGAGAUGGCCGAGCCCCUCUCCAAUGGCGCCGUCUACCAUUCGGUGCCUGAGUCGUACGUGCUCCCGGAGCACAAGAGGCCCGGGAGCUCGCCGCCGUCGUGUUCCGCAGCGGCGAUACCUGUAGUUGACCUCGGCGGUGAUGACACCGACAGGAUGGCGGAGCAGAUCGUCGCCGCUGGGAGAGAGUUCGGUUUCUUCCAGGUGAUCAACCACGGCGUGCCGGAGGACGUGAUGCGCGCCAUGAUGAGCGCGGCGGAGGAGUUCUUCAAGCUCCCGACGGAGGAGAAGAUGGCGCACUACUCUACCGACAGCACCAAGCUUCCACGGUUCCACACGAGCGUGGGCAAGGAGCAGGAGCAGCUCCUGUACUGGCGGGACUGCCUGAAAAUCGGCUGCUACCCGUUCGAGGAGUUCAGGCGCCAGUGGCCGGACAAGCCGGCGGGGCUCGGUGCCGCGCUGGAGCCGUACACGGCGGCGGUGAGGGGCGUGGCGCUGCGCGUGCUUCGGCUCGCCGCGUCGGGGCUGGGGCUCGCCGACGAGGCGCACUUCGAGGCCGGGGAGGUCACCGCGGGGCCGGUGAUCAUGAACGUGAACCACUACGUGGCGUGCCCGGAGCCGAGCCUCACGCUGGGCAUCGCGCCGCACUGCGACCCCAACGUCGUCACCGUCCUCAUGGACAACGGCGUCCGCGGCCUGCAGGCGCGCCGGCGGCACGGGCACCAAGGCAACGGCGAAGGAGGAGGAGGGUGGGUCGACGUGGACCCCCCGCCCGGCGCGCUCAUCGUCAACUUCGGGCACCAGAUGGAGGUGGUCACCAACGGGCGCGUGCGCGCCGGCGAGCACCGCGCGGUGACCAACGCGCGCGCUCCCCGCACGUCGGUCGCCGCGUUCGUCAUGCCCGCCAUGGGCUGCGUCGUGUCGCCGGCGCCCGAGAUGGUGGCGGAGGGAGAGGCGCCCUUGCUCAGGCCCUACACGUACCAGGAGUUCGUCGGCGUGUACACCGCGGCCAACGGCGACAGAGACGCCGUCCUGGCGCGGCUUCAGAACAACAAUGGCUGACUCACUGACUGACCGACUGCUCGUCGCCGCCUUCUUUCCUUUUUUUUCCCCCUCUCGAAAAACAAUCAGCAAUAAGUGUGCCGGUGGUGUCAACUGUAAGCUGUCACUAUCUUUUUCUUUUAGAGAGAAAAACUGUCAUUAUC